AUGUUAAAGUCAUUACAUAAACUAUCGAAAAAUUGUAAAGGUGUUGUAACAUUUGCAGUAAUUAAAAGUUGAUCCGUAAUAAACUCCACUGCACAUUGUUAUUUAGUUAAUUAAAUAUAAGGAGAAGAAUAUUUACAGAAAUUAUUUGGUCAAUUUCUUGAUGCGAUUUUCUAUCUGUUACGAAAUUAUCGAAAAAUAAACAGACAGAGAGCACCUGAUCAAAAUAAAAUUCCUAGAUUAUUGUCCAGGGAUUUUAGCAGAAAAACGGGCACACCACAAUGCAUUGGAGCGCAAGCGAAGAGAUCACAUUAAGGAUAGUUUUUCGAGCCUUAGGGACUCUGUACCUGCAUUGCAAGGAGAGAAGGUUGCAAGUAGAGCACAGAUACUCAAGAAAGCUGCAGAGUAUAUACAGUUUAUGCGUCGUAAGAACACUUCUCAUCAACAGGAUAUCGACGACUUAAAACGCCAAAAUAGUCUCUUGGAGUCUCAAAUUAGAGCGCUUGAAAAAGCAAAGAUAACGGGCAACUUUGCAGCCGAAACUUGUGAAGUCACAAAAUCAGAAGGUGUACCAAUGCCUGGUUAUAACGAUACUGAAUCUGAAUCCUCGGAUAGUGAAGCUAGCAGAACAGUGCGUCAGACAAAAAAACUGAAAGUCGCAGGUCUUCAUCAUUGACCAAUGGUUCGGUCCGUUUGUUUUAACAAAAACUUAACUUUUUGCAAUUAAAUUUAUUUACAAAACCAACACUUCGUCUCUGAAAUGGAAAGAAAAAGAAAAAGAUUUUCAGCGGAGUCUUAACACACUAUCGGCGGAUUACAGCGUACGCUUUACUGACUAAUGCCUAACGGGCAAAAAUUAGUGAAGUAUAAAAAAAAUGCAUUUUUAGAAAAAAUGUAAUAUCUUCAAACUAAUAGUAGGAUUUCAAAAUCAAAUUUUGGAAAUAAGUAGUAUANNNAAUUUAAAAAAAGAUGAAAUUUUUAAUUUAGUUUUUUAUUUCUUCAUUCAAUGUAUAACGCAGACAAAACAAUUAAAGGUUUUAUGAGUUUACGUAAUAAGACAAAAGCAUACUAAUUUUUACAAAUUUUUUUUUCCAGUUUUUUUGUUAAUUAUAUAAUUUUAUUUUACUCUAAUAUUUUUUUAAAAGGUGGUAUUUUUGGAAACACUCAUCCCCUUGAAGGGGAAUCUCGCAAAAUUUACAUAUAUAAGAAAUCAAACUUUUCUUUUUAUUCAUUGCACAAACACGACAUUGUCUCUUUUUGCCGCCAGUAACAAGUUUUAUAAUUUCAUGUUUCCGCAAGUCUAAUGACAAUCGCCCAGGAGGAUCUUUAUUUACUGUAGUCCUGUACCCAGAAAUAUCAUGCAGAAUCAUCAUUUGAAACAUCAUGUACCUAGAAUCAUUUGCUGCAUCAAAAAAUGUACUUCCUACACAAAAGGUAUUAACUUUUACAUUACAAAAGGUAUUACCUUUCCCGCCGAUAGUCUGUUAUGUCUUAGAGCCAGUGUACAAAUUACAAAUCAGAUAAUGAUUCAUUUAAAGAUUGAUGAAACAACAUGCUUCUUUAAUACUUUGGGGUAGUCUUUUAAAAUGGUUUACAAAUUUGUAAGUUGUAGAAUUUCUUUAUUCUCUCAGAAUCAUUCAUUUGUUUAUUUGUCACGUCCCAAGGGGGACUCUGCAGACUUACUGCACUAUGGGAACGCGACGAUUUUGGGAUCGUGUCAAUGAGGUAGAAUAAAGAUAGAAAAGGAAGCAUUUCGUCUCGGAGUCGCCACCAGACUCAUUAUCAGUGGGGUUGCUGGCGGCGACUCCUAUCUUAGACGCUUGGGUGGUGGGGGCCUCUAAGCUAGGCAUGGAAAACCAUGGUCACCCAUUCUAGGGCCGCAUCCGCGCGGUGCGUGCUUAAUCUGGUAAUCGUCAUCGAUCCAAGUAAGCUACGUUCACCAGCAGGUGGUGAUUUUUAUAUCUUCGGAAUUGGUUUAUUAAGGACGAACACUGUGAGAACUCGACACCAGAUGAAGCUAACUCAUCCUAUCGGUUGCCGGUCGAAGGGAGAGUUUGAAAAUUGAAUUGAAUAGAGAUAGAGAGAUUUGAACGCGAAGACCCGCAGUGACGAGUAGGACUACUCCAAGACGUCGGGAGAUGUCACAUAUUCAAGGUUGUUUGUCGUAAUCAUUCUAUUGUAAAUUUAUGAAAAAUUCUGAAAUUAUUAAAUAUACGCUUAAUUGUAGAAUUUACGAAAAUUUUUAAAUUAUUUUAUUGUUUGAAUAAGAAUUAUAUUAUAUUGAUGAAAAUUUUAAUAUUAUUAAAAGAUAAAUAAAAAUUAGAAAAAAAUUUUUUUAAUUUAAUUACUUUUCAACCUUAC